AUGGACCUGCUUCAGCUCGGCGGGGUCCUUCGAGAGCUCUCUCACCUUUCCCUGCAUCUCAGCAGCAGCCUGCAAUCUUGCCCUCCGUGCCCGUCGCUGGUCUGCCCGCACGUGGAGUGCGGCUCGCUGUCGUGCGGCUCGCCUGGGCAGGCGGCAGUGCCUUGCGAGGCUCGGGCUCCCGAGCCAACGGCCGCAGGGCCUGGCUGGCCGCUGCUGGUGGUCUUCGCAGCGGGCGUGGCCGUCGGGCUGGCCGUCUCGCCUCGCCUACGACGUGCUCCAGGCGGAGCGGCAUCGGCGGGCAGCCACUUCGACGGCAGCGCCGACCACCCUGGCGCUGACGACUGGACCGUCGACGGGGCCAGUGACACCUUCGUCAAGGCAUGGCUGCAGUGCCACGACGCUGUGUGGAUCACGCUCACUCCAGAUCUCGAUCUCGAGAGGAUCAAUCUGGACGAGCGUCGGCAUCGGGUGCUCGAGCGAGGGCAGGUUUUUCCAGAUGCCAUCGCUGGGGACCUCUACGCCUUCGACCCGAUCGGACGCGAGGCGGUCGCUGGGCACAAGAGACGUGCUCGACUUCAGGCGGCCGUGCUCGGCGGGGACGAGGACGAGGCCAUGGACGCUGAGGAAUGGGUCUAUGCUGACCUCGAGGACCCAGCGUUCGGGACGCUCGUCGCCGCCGAUGUCCUCGAGGGGGACGAGUUCGUGGAGCUGGGCAAUCGCGGCCUGGUGCGCCGUGAAGGUACCGCUCGGGGGGUCGAGAAGGUUGGACGUGCUCGACUGGGCGAGUGGUCUGAGCAGCGUCGUGUCGGCGCUGAGGACAUCAGGAGUCUGGGCGUCCACACAGCAGCGGACGGCACACGUCAUCUCGGGUGGACGGACGCCGUCGGCAUGCUGCGCGAGAGUGACAUGCCGGAGUGGAAGUUCGAGGGGCCACGAGUGUGCAAAGAGCUGGCCGCCUCGAUUCGAGAAGGAGCAGGGAACCCGACUUCGUACCACGCCGAGUGGAUCAGGCUGUCGGGGGUCAACCAGAAUAGCGCCAUCGCCUAUGAGCACAAGAACGCCAUGGAGAUGUUGCGUGUGGCCACCAGCACCGACCAGGUCGACAUCAGCAACCUGGCCUCGUUCGAGCUUCUCGCGAGGCGGGUCGUCAUGCUGGAGAUGGCGGUGGCGCGAGACCCCCGGGAUCCCGACUUCAGUGGGCUCGGAGUCAUUGCUGACGGCGCUGUGGGGACCGACGGUGCUGCACGAGCGCCGAGGUUCCGCACCUGGGUGUCUGACCGUCAGAAGGAGAGGGCGAACAUCCUCAAGCAGUCGAGGUUGUACAAGGAGGAGACCAGGAACGAGCGGGAUCGGGUGGGGCGUGCAGGCCUGGUCCCCGAAGGCCUCGCUCCAAGCAGAGCCCUCCGGGAGCUCUUCAAGACGAAGGACCUGUACGGUCAAGAGCCACGUCACCUUGCCAGUUAUGAUCCAGCCAAGCUGCGAGUGGCCAAGGGAGUGGUGGAACCCAAGGAUGCGAGAGCGCUGCUACCACCUCAUGCAGCGCAGAGGCUCCGACGCUACAAGACGUGCAUCGAGCUGUCCGCCGAGGAGAUCGAGGCCAAGUUCGCCUCCGAGCCCUCGCCCAAGCCCUACUGGGACCCCGUGCUGCGGCGCAACAAGCGAGCCCGGCACGAGCUCUUCGAGCGCCUCCUCUCCUCGGGCAUCCUGGUGCCCAGGAGGCGGCUCAAGGGCCGCAUCGGGCUCUUCUUUGUCAAGAAGAAGGAGGGGGCCAUUCGCCUCAUCGUGGACGCCCGAUACCCGAAUGCCUGCCACAAGCCGCCGCCCACCACGCAGCUGGGGACCGCGCAGUCCUUCGCGGAGCUCAACCUGGCCGAGUUCACGGACGUGGCGGCGGAGAUGGCGACUCAUUGUGUUCUGCCUGGUGCUGGGGGUGUCCCAGCUUUGGACUUCCACCAGAGUGGCGCUGACGUGCGCGACGGCUUCUACCAGUUCAGCAUCGUCGAGGUGGCCGACUGGUUCGGUAUCGACGAGUCGUUCAGCAAGGGGAGUUUUGGCAUCACCAAGGUGUUCGACCCCGAGCUGGGCGUGGACGUGGAGCUGGCCACGCACGAGUCCUUCUACCUCUGCAUGGGGGCCAUGCCCAUGGGAUGGUCGUGGGCCCUCUACUUCUGCAACGAGGCGGUGGCUUCUCGCGCGGCGGCUGUGGCUGCUGAUGGUUGGGGUGGCUUGCUCCGAGAGCGCGCUCCGGCCCCCCGCCUGGUCCCUGGGCGGCCCGUCCACGCCGUGUACGUGGACAGCCACACAGGGCUGGGGCACAGCGCCAUGGACGCAGAGCAGGCCCACCAGGACUUCCGCGCGCAGUGUGCCGCCUUCGGCCUCGAUCUCCACGAUGAGGUCCCCUGCAGCCCCUAUCUCGAGGCUCUCGGGCUGCAGUUUGACGGGCCGGGCCGCCGCCUGCGGCAUCGAUCGGCCCGCCUCUGGCGCUUCAAGCUGGCGACUGCAGCCCUGCUUCGCCGCCGUGUGGUGGCAGGAUGGCAGCUCGAGAUCUGGCUGGGCCACGCCGUUCACAUGUGCGGCCUCUGCCGGCCCCUUCUGUCUAUCCUGUCCCAGAGCUACGCCUACGUCGCGGCUCACAAGGAGAGGUCAGGCCGCUUGUGGCGAGGCGUUCGGCGUGAGCUCUGGCUCAUGUCCAACCUGGUCUUCACCUGCGAGGUGGAGCUGGACGCGCCGUUCAACUCGUCGGUCUACCUCGGCGACUCGUCGGGCUACGGCUACGCUCUCAUGGAGACGAAGGGCACAGGCGACGAGCUGCUGGAGGACUUCAAGUGGAGGGAGCGCUGGAGGUUCAAGGCCGCGCCGCCGCUGCCUCCGCCGCCGCACCCGACCUUGGAGGCGUUGGGGGCGGCUUUCGGGGUCUGCUUUGACGGCGACGAACCCGAGCAGCUGGAGGCGUUCGGGGAGCCCCACGUCGUGGGGAGGACCGCCUGGGAGCCGCUGGGGGCUCGGACGCGCCUGGCGAAGUGGGCCGUCGAGGCAGCCCGCGCAGCCGAGGUCGGGGCCGAUCCCAAGCGGUGCAGACGUCGGCGAUCGGCCCGAGGGGCCGCGCUGCGGGAGGAGGUGGAGGUUUUCGAGGCCAUCCCCGUGGUCGGCGCCUGCUGGGACAAUAGGCGGCGCUGGCGUACGCUGGUGGAGGGCUUCUGGCACUGGAAGCAGGAACACAUCAACGUCAAGGAGGCUAGGGUCUGUCUCAUGGGUCUCCGACGUAGCUUGCGGACCAGACGGGGCUGCCACCGCCGGCUGCUCACCCUGUCGGACAACCUCGUGUCCGCCGUGGUGUUCGACCGCGGCCGCUCGUCGAGCUGGGCGCUCAAUGCGCUGUGCCGCCGAGCCGCGGCCUAUCAGGUUGCCGGCUGUGUGGCAUGGCGGGUCCGCCACAUCCGCGCGGACAGGAACCACGCGGACGAGGGCUCCCGUCGUCCCCGAGCCCCGCGAGUGCUGGUACCCACGAGACUUGAGGGCGGGGCGCCCGCGGCCUCUCUGCGGAGGGGAGGCCGCCGCCUGGGCGCGCCUCGACAUCAUGGCGCGCCCCAGGCGGUCCAAGCCUCGCUCGAGCUCUUCUCGGGCUCAGGCCGGCUCACCGCCUCUCUCCGGCGCUUGGGGCUGCGAGUCCUGCCAGGCGCCGAGAUCAGGCGCUCCGCCCGAUAUGACUUGUCACGUCGCACGACGCAGCGAGCUGUGCUGCGUUGGAUUCGGAGUGGGAAGCUCUGGUACGUACAUCUGGGGACAGCAUGCUCCGCCUGGUCAGUCGCCCGCUCCACGCCUUAUAACAUCGAGCGGGCGCGGCGGUUGGAGGCAGUGUCUGUCGACAUGGCGCUCUUCACAGCGGAGGUCAUCAAAGAGUGUGACCGCUGUGGCGUACUGUGGUCGCUGGAGAAUCCUGCCAGCUCGAAGUUGUUUCGCUUCGAGCCCCUUGCUGACCUUGCCAGUCUGCCAGAUUUACGAGGUGGGCUCAAGGCUGGAGCCUACUCGCCCGCCCUCUGCCGAGAGUGGGCUGCCGCGCUAUGCUCGGCGGCGCCUCCUCAGGCCUUCGGCGACUCCGAGCCGCUCGCCUCCGAGUGGGACGCGGAGCUGGAGGCGCUGGUGCCGCGGACUUCCUCGCGCGCCACGCCGUCGAGUUCGGCGGCGCGCGGGGUCAUCAAGGCGGCCCUGAGGCCGCCGCUGCGGCAGCAGGGCCGUGCGGCUGUCGGCGAGGAGAAGGAGCGGCUGGCGGUGGCGCGCAGGGCGCGGGUCCCGCCAGCGGCGCGCGACGACUUCCUGCGGCUCGGGACCAUCCGUGACUCCACGAAGCGGCUCUACUCAGACGCGCUCGGCAGGUUCAAAGGCUGGGCGAAGUCGAGGCACUACGACCUGGGUAGCUUCAGCUCCACGGACUCGGCGAUGGAGCAGUACUUCACCGACCUGUACUUCGAGGGGUCUGGUCCCGCCGAGGGCCGCAACGUCCUCUACGGCUAUAUUCACUUCGAGACGCACCUGGAUCGGAACAAGGCCAACCUCUUCCCGAAGGCGUCGAGGGCGCUUCGAGGGUGGACCACUCGGGCUCCCCAGCGAGUCCGAGAUCCCAUCCCCUUCGGCGUCGUCUGCCUGAUCGGCCUCUACUUCCUGGACAAAGGCCUGACCGCCGCCGCCGUGUGCCUGGCUCUGCAGUUCGACUGCUACCUGAGGCCGGAUGAAGCUGUGUCGCUCCUCCUGUCCUCGGUGCUGCCGCCUGCUCCCCGGGCUGGCCGGCGCUACGCGCGGGCCUGGGCGCUGCUCCUGGGCGAGGCCGAGCACGCAGCGCCCACCAAGACUGGGGUCGUGGAUGGGGCAGUGGUGAUCGGUGAGCUGCAGCGAGCCUGGGUGGCGGAGGCGGUAGGCCUUUGGUACCGCGUGGGCAGUGCAGCCCCCUACAUGUUCGAUCUGACUCUCUCCAAGUAUGAGGAACCCCAAGGAGCUCAAUCGGAGUCGCCAGACGCCGCGGAGCUUACUCUGGCAGUCGUCUUCUUCGAGGCGGAUAACCUCCACUACAGCACGAAGCUGCCCGCUAGGACAUGCGACUCGAGAAAAGAGGAGAAACACCUGAUCAUCCCGCUUUCGAUCAAGGCCUCCGUGCCCCGCGACAUCGACAGCUACGCCUCGGCCCUGCCGCGGCACCAGGCGGGCCGCGCGGCGGACGUCGCCGCGCGCCGCAUCGAGGCCGCUUUUUGGUCCGACGGCGCCUGCGAACAGUGGGGCCUCGAGACAGGAGCGCCCGUGCGCACGGCCCCCGACGGGGCCGCGUCGGAGGUGAGCGACGGCGGGGGUGUCGCCGACGAGUCCGCGCAGUGCUCGGAUGAGGAGCGGCCACCCGACGGCGAGGAGAGCCCCGUCUCCGCCCUGCGGCGGGCGCGCCUCCGGGCGGAGUGCGCGCGGCGCCGCGCGGCGCUCGCCGCCGCUGAGGCGGCUGCGCCUGGCGCUGGGCGGCGGCUGCCCGCUGGCAAGGUGCCCACCUUCUUCUCGGCGGCAGUCGUUGGCCUGGAUGGUCGCGGCGUCGAAGUUGGCGGGCUCUGGGACCAGAUGCAGGUCCCCGACUUCUGCGAACGUGUCGCGGAUGCAUUCCAGAUUCCGACUUUUGCCGUGCGCUUGAUGGUCAAUGGCAACAUCUUGCACAUGUCGCAGCCUGGCGUCUCCCUGAGCGAGGCGGGUGUCGCUGAGGGUGCCCAGCUGACGCUGGUGAAGCAGUGGGGCUGGUCGAAGCCGGACGUGCGGAUGCUCGCGGACCUGCUCAGGAAGUGA